AUGGCCUCCUCUGAUAAGGCUGGUGUAGAUGGUGAAGCUCCUACAACCUCGACAUCUGUAAAUUUCUCUGAUGGUGGUUCAGCCCCUGAUGCGUUAGGUGACAUUCCUACCUUAACUGUAAGUCAAACUGUUUCCGCUCUGACUUUGUCAAGCUCAAAUACACAAAGCUUGACCAUUACAGCUACAUGUGCAUAUCCAGCUGUCUCACUCGACGUGUACUUUGUGCCAACUAGAGGAGGUACUGCGGUGAGUUCCCCAUCAUCAACAGCAACAUGUACGAGUACUGGUAAUACAGGAUGUGCCGACACGGAUGCCAAUGGCUACAACUGUGUCAUUGUACCGAAACUUGAGACUUCUCUUUCAGCGGGUACAUACUACGUACAGUUUGUAGUCAAUCUCGCUGGGCAGUAUGAACCUAUAGGACUGACCUCCACCAUCACUGAUACUGUGAUAACAAUUGGAGGUGGUCCUGCAACUGUGCACUUGACCCCAUCGACUACAUCCUACACUCCUCAAGAGGGACAGACUCUCCCUACCGUCACGUGUUCGUCUGACUGUAACCCAGUCUGUACCUACAGCUGGACAAAGGAUGAGCAGUCCCACACAACAGGGUCAGAUAUCCAGCUCACCAACAUACAACGUGGUCAGACGGGCGUGUACAGGUGUACGGCCAGUAACAAAUACGGAAAUCAGACAUCUAGUGACGUCACUGUUACAGUAAACUAUGGACCAGGUAACAGCAUAUCAUUCCAGCCAAACAAAGAUGUGUUAGAAAGAGUUGAGAAUCAGACUGUGUCAGAUAUCGUCUGUUUUGCUGACUGUGAACCGCCAUGUACAUACAUCUGGUCGAACGCAGGCACAACUUACCCAAAUCCUCUAUCUCUGUCCACGGCCGUGAGGGGAAAUGCAGGACAAUACACAUGUUCAGCCAGUAACAGUGUCGGUCAGGGAACAAAGACCUGGAAUCUUAUCGUCAGGUGUAAGUAUUGUAGCAACGUUGGGCGGGCGUUUAAAUUGCACGUUCAUGGUUAAACAAACAUAAAUAAACUGAUGCAUUUGUCAUCUAUAUAAUUUUAUAACUUCUAAAGAUUCCCCUUUACCGCAAUUAACUAUUCGUGUUUUCAAAUGUACUGUCAUCCGCUGUAACACAAUUAGACACUGUAUGGCCUUGCCCAACUCACCUGCACGAGUCUCUCAAAACAAUUGAAUUAAGUUAAUACGCAUAAAUGGUAAACAAAGGAGUAUGUAACAUUAUGGGCAGUUGUCAAAAAAAAAAAAGAUAUCAAGGACCAGUACAGUUUAAAAAAAUGGUCUUGCACAUUUAAUACUCUCCCGUUACACAACGAAAGCCUUUUAAAAAUUAGGUGUGUUGAUAUAGAAUCGUACAUGUAAUUAAUUUGAUAACAAGGAAUUGUACUAAUCAAUCAAACUAAUAAGUGACGGUAUACAAUUGAUGAAUCCGCGAAUUCCUGAUCCCGACUGCCUCCUACAUAUCAUAGCACUGAAUAUAGAUUAAGUCAGGAACCAAAGCGUGACCCUGGCAGAUAAAUGUUAAUAUAUAUAUUGUUUUUAAUGUUAACGACGACACCAAUCAACGGCGGACCUGAUAAAAACAAAACAAAAACAAAAAACAUUGUUUGCCUAAAGUUGUAAAACUGAUAAAAGUCAAAAAUAAGAAUACUUCUACUAUAUUUUUUGUCGCAAAUAUUUGCUUUCCGUCAGUGAUUCUUAAGAAAUACCGUCAGUGUACGAAUAACAAAACGAA